GCUAGGUAUUGUUACUAUAAAACAGAAGCUGGUUUUUUAUUUGUGAUUUUUUUUUCCCUCCCAAAAAGGAAAAUCCAGGGAGCUAAUGAAUCAAACAUCGUGACACGUGUCUGUCACCACAUUGGCCAGAAUAACCUGUGUGUGGAAAUCUCUUUCACAUUUUGUCUGUAGCUGUGACUUUCCAGGUCAAAGGUUACAGCUGAGAACAGAAAACCCCAACUUAGUCAUCAGUCUUCUGACUCUUCUGACGUAACCGUCCAGGACAGACAAGACAGUGAUCAUACACUCACUGAUAAAGCCAACUAAUCUUUAUUACAACAAACAUCCAUAGACGUUAAUAAUGUUAAACACCCUACAAAACACUUGAUUAAUAUGAAAGAGACAAGGUGGGUGAGGUAAUAUCUGUUAUUGGACCAGCUUCUUCUGGGGAGAAAGACAAGCUUUCAUCCUACACGGAGCUCUUCAGGUCUGGGAAAGGUCCCCAGACUGUCACAGCUUAAUUAAUAUGGUCAAAGAAGGAGGGACUGGAAAUUGUGGGGAGCUAUGGCCCCAGGACAUCCUUUUAGGGUAGAUUCCAGAAGUAGCAGAGUAUAAGAAAGAGCCCUUUGAUUAGAAAUGGUGAUAAAGACAAUUAUUUACCAGGAGGGGAAGGGCACUCUACAGCAUAGAAGACAGCUUCACGGCUGCCUUAAAGCUUAGUGUGUGUCUUACAAAAGUGCAAUGGGAGCAAUGAAAAGAAGUGAAAAAGAUACACAAUUGCUGCCAUCUAGUGGAGCUGGGGAGGGCAGGACAGAGGACUUGCAGGUUGUGAUCCCGUUUAUGACAGCUCCCAGUCUCCAAAGGGUACACACUUUGGGCUGACUAGAUACUAGAAUUUGCUGUAAUAAUAAAGAGGCAAUAAGGAAACAGCAGAUGAUGUUAUAGCCUGAAAGUUAUCUUGCUAAAAACAGGGGUUCAGACUGUCUCUUGUUUCUGUGAGUGUCAGCUUUCAGCAGCAAUCACUGAAGUCUGUGAGUUGAGCUUCAGGGAAGUCCUAUGGUCUGUGUUAUUCAGGAGGUCAGACUGGGAGAACACGGUGGCCCCUUCUGUCAUUAUCAUCUUUGAAUCUACAGUAUUAACGUAACCUCGGUGCUGAGCAAAGAUUGGUCAAAAGUGCCAAAAAAGUCACUCCAUCAAACUGGUGACUACUAAUGCACCUCUCUCUACUCUUACCUUGUCCUUCCCACUUCUAUUUGUCAGUUUAUUCACCUGCUGUUUGUGUCCACAUUCUAGACUAUGAGCUUUCUAGACUGGGAGACACUGUAGGUGUUGUGUUGUCUGCAAUGGGCUGCUAACCCGCGUGUGGGGUGCUCAAUCACUACAGCAAUGGAAUGAAUACUACGAGCCACCAUUUGUUGGAAUAAAUCCAUGAAUGCAGUCUGGACAUCCAUCUUGUGUACUUUCUGCCAAGGUUCAGACAAGCACAUUUGAUAUGCAGAGAGAGAAAGUGUCAUGAAUACUCAUGCAAAUAUGUAGUCACGCCACCCAAGUAUUUCUGCCACCCAGAUAAUGGAUGAAUUAGGAACAGAGUCUGUUUGCAAACAGACAAGGAGAAAAUGUAUUAUUUGUACUGCAAUAACAUCUAGGAGCCCCAGUCACUGGCCAGGCCCCAUUGUGCUAGAUGUUGUAUGGACAUAGAUCAAAAGGACAAAGAGCUUACAAUCCAAAUAGAGGACAAGAGAACUUCUUUUCUGUGAAUAGUUCACCCAGCUCUAGCUCAGGGCAGCAGCAAACAAAGGCUGGAGACUCCUAAUUCCCAGGCUAGAAGGGACCAGUGGAAUCAUCCAGGCUGACCUCCUGUAUAACACAGGCCAGAGAACUUCCCCAAAAUGGUUCCUAGAGCAGAUCUUGGAGAAAACCAUCCAACUUUGAUGUAAACCUUGUCAAUGAUAGAGAAUCUACUACAGUUCUUGGUAUAUUGUGUAAUUUUUUAACCAUUGGAACCUUAUUUCCAGUCUGAAUCAGUCUAGCUUCAACUUCCAGCCAUUGGAUCAUGUUAUACCCUUCUCUGCUAGAUUGAAGAGACCAUUAUCAAACAUUUGUUCAAAUACUUAUACAGUAGUCUGUAACCAAGUCACCCCUUAACUUUCUCUUUGUUAGGCUACAUAGCCUGAGCUCUUUGAGUCUAUCACUGUAAGGCAUAUUUUCUAAUUCUUUAAUCAUUCUCAUGAUUCUUCUCUGACUCCUCCAAUUUAUCAACAUCCUUCUUGAAUUGUGAGCACCAGAACUGGCACAGGAUUCCUGCAGCGGUCGCACAAGUGCCAAAUACCUUUCUACUCCUACUUGAGAUUCCCCUGUUUAUGCAUCCCAGGAUCACAUUAGUCCCUUUGGCCACAAUGUCACACUAGGGGGGAGCCGCUGCCCAGGGAAUCCCCUUCCCCCCCCCCCAUUAAAGCUUUGUGAUUUUUUGAAAUCCCUUUUCCUGGCUUGGUGAGCAUGCCUAGCAUGUUCAGUGCAAUGGCCCAGGCGACCAUAUGCUGCAGACCUGCUCCUGCCUGGCGUAGACAGAAGAUGUUGAUCUCCUGGGCCUGUGUGGAAAGGAGGCUCUAUAGUCAAAGCUCCAAUCCAGCUGUAGAAACGUGGACAUCUACAAGCAGAUUGCUAGGGGGAUGCAGAAGAAGGGCUACGACAGGGACCAGCAGCUAUGCCAUGAGAAAGCCAAGGAGCUGCAGCAGGCAAACCAGAAGGCCAGAGAGGCCAUCAAUGAAUCCGGAGCCGAGCCUCAGACCUGCUGCUUUUACAGAACCCUCGGCAGAGACUGCACCAUUGGACACCUCUGAGGAGCCCAAGUCACACGGCCCUGCCAUGAACAGUGAGGAGGAGAAGGUGGACAAGGAAGUGGAGGAGGAGUAUGGGGGACAGAUGACCAGGGGAUCCAGCUGCACAGUGAGCCAGGACCUGUUUUGGACUCCAGUACAGGUCCAGCCAUUUGCGCAUGGGCAAGCCCGCUGCAGGGGAAGGAAUCUCAGGUGCAGAAUGUUUUUUGUUAUGUGCAGCACCGAUAUCGAGGUGAUGUGCGGAUGUGUGCCACCAAUAGAAACAAAAAACCGAGGGCUGCUGACAUUGCAGCAUUCAAGGUUUCCCCCUCCACACCCACAGAACACCUGAGCCAGAUAAGGAGGAGAAAGAAGAGGACUGGGGAUGACACGUUCCAGGAUGUCCUGCAAGCCAGUGCUGCAUUUGACCGCGCACACAGGGCCUGGAGGAUGACCACUGCAGAAAGCCUGGAAAAGGAGAGAGUGGAGAGGAGAAAGGCCUAGAUAAAGAAGAGGGGCAUGCCCCAGGACAUAACGGGGUUUCUCUGGCAGCAACCAGAGAUGCUGAAGACUCUGGUGGACCUGCAGGUUCAACAAUCCCAAGCUUGAUUCCCUCCAAAGCACAUUCAGAACUCUACAUUGAGACCUAUCUGUACCCCUCUUUAACAUUCCAUGUGACAUCAGAAGUCACCGCACUCCCCCUACUACUCUAGCUGGGGGACAUUAAAGACAAUCACAGCUUCACAUACGCUGACCUGUGAAAGUCACGGCUGGUAUAUGUGUAGCUGUAAUGGACAGGAAUGUUUUUUCUCCUUCAUAAGGUCUAUUCUCUUAAUUUAUUAUGUUUUAAAUGUAUUUAUUUUUGAAUGGCCUGGGUUGUUCGUUGUUUUUUGUUUUGUUGUUGUUCUAUUAUCUGGAACAUAAUUCAUCUGUAAUAGCUCACAACAUGUGCUGACUGGUGCUCAGCAGUUCUGAAAGUGACCCCUUACCUGUUACUGCCCAGUGUCACAUAACUCAUAAGAUCCUUCACAAACAAAAUUAGUAUGUGCAUUAACAAUGUUCUAUUCCUACAUAUACAGGAAUCACCACAUGAUUCAUUCCAGGCUGCAA